AUGGCACAAGGAAAUAACUAUGGACAGAGCAGCAAUGGGGUCGCUGAUGAAUCUCCAAAUAUGUUGGUGUACAGAAAGAUGGAAGAUGUCAUAGCUCGUAUGCAAGAUGAGAAAAAUGGGAUUCCUAUUCGUACAGUCAAAAGCUUUCUCUCCAAGAUUCCCAGUGUUUUCUCUGGUUCAGACAUUGUUCAGUGGUUAACAAAGAAUUUGUCCAUAGAAGAUCCAGUGGAAGCCCUUCAUUUGGGAACACUUAUGGCAGCCCAUGGUUACUUCUUUCCUAUCUCAGACCAUGUUCUAACCCUGAAGGAUGACGGCACCUUUUAUCGGUUCCAAACACCCUAUUUUUGGCCAUCUAAUUGUUGGGAGCCGGAAAAUACAGAUUAUGCGGUUUACCUCUGCAAGCGAACAAUGCAAAACAAAGCACGGCUUGAGCUAGCAGACUAUGAAGCAGAAAGCUUGGCCAGGUUGCAACGAGCAUUUGCACGGAAGUGGGAAUUUAUUUUUAUGCAAGCAGAAGCACAAGCCAAAGUGGACAAGAAAAGGGACAAGAUAGAAAGAAAAAUCCUUGAUAGCCAGGAGAGAGCAUUCUGGGAUGUACACCGGCCAGUGCCUGGAUGUGUAAAUACGACUGAAGUUGAUAUUAAAAAGUCUUCAAGAAUGAGAAAUCCUCACAAAACAAGAAAGUCUGUUUAUGGAUUACAGAAUGAUAUUCGAAGUCAUAGUCCGACAUACACACCAGUGCCAGAAACAAAACCUCCCACAGAAGACCAAUUGUGUCAAGAGAUAAAAUAUUGGCAAAUACAGCUAGAAAGACAUCGGUUAAAAAUGUCAAAAGUUGCUGACAGUCUAUUAAGUUUUACCGAGCAGUAUGUGGAAUACGACCCUUUCCUGCAUCCAUCUGAUCCUUCUAAUCCUUGGCUGUCAGAUGACACUACUUUCUGGGAAACAGAAAUAAGCAAAGAGCCAAGUCAGCAAAGAGUAAAGCGAUGGGGCUUUGGCAUGGAUGAAGCUCUGAAAGACCCAGUGGGAAGAGAACAGUUCCUCAAAUACCUGGAGUCUGAAUUUAGUUCAGAGAAUUUAAGGUUCUGGUUAGCAGUAGAAGACCUGAAGAAGAGACCGAUCCGCGAGGUUCCUGUUAGAGUACAGGAAAUCUGGCUAGAAUUCCUUGCCCCUGGAGCACCAAGUGCCAUUAAUGUAGACUCAAAAAGUUAUGACAAAACCACACAGAAUGUGAAGAUGAAGGAACCAGGGCGACAUACAUUUGCUGAUGCUCAGGAGCACAUCUACAAGUUGAUGAAAAGUGAUUCAUAUCCACGUUUUAUACGAUCCAGUGCCUACCAGGAAUUACUGCAGGCCAAGAAGAAGUUGGGAAAUACACUGGAUCGCCGAACAUCAUUUGAGAAAUUCACACGGAAUAUGGUGAAAUCGCUCACAUCAAAGAGAUUAACCAGUCUAGUGCAGUCCUACUAAAAGGAUCAUCUUGUAGCAUGGAAGCAGACUCAGUCAUUAUACAUACUUCGUAGCUCACUAAUUGCCUGA